GCUCCUCAUGUGAGGCAGCAGGUGUUCCUACAUGUGGACUGAAGGAGUCACUCUCUCCUCCUCCCUAUUGGCACAUUCCAGUUAAGGUAACAGCCUCUGAACGGUUUGGAGGUGCAGAAACGACCUGCAGGAUGCUCGGUCAGUCUCCCCUCCUCAUCGGUGGCAUUUUAUGGAUGGAGAACCCGAUGAGAGCUGUUCACUGCAACUUGAGCCAAAAUGGUAUUGACCACCAGCUGCGUCCUGAAGACAUGACAUCUCAGCUGGAGGAGGACGAGGAGUUGGUGAACUGUGAGACUCUCCUGCUGGACGAUGACAGCCCAAGCUACCCCGAUAUCCCCCGGCCUUCGUACCACCGCCGUUCCCCACCACACCGCUCUGUCUCCGAGUCCGAGCUGACCCGGCCUGGAUACGUGAAGCUGUCCAAACCAGUGGCCCUUUGGACUCAGCAGGACGUUUGCAAAUGGUUGAAAAAGCACUGUCCCAAUCAGUAUCAGAUCUACAGCGACUCUUUCAAACAGCACGACAUCACAGGACGAGCCCUCAUGAGACUAACGGACAGAAAGCUGGAGAGAAUGGGGAUCAUACAUGAAGCCCAGAGGCAGCACAUCCUGCAGCAAGUCCUGCAGCUUCGUGUUCGUGAGGAAGUCAGGACUCUUCAGCUACUCACGCAAGCCUCUCUUGAGUGCACGCCGUCUUCACCGUAGAUUGAUGGAAAAGGCCUACCCGGUCACAGAACGAUGAGGACGCACGCCGCGCCUCCCCUCCCAUCCAUCUAGAGCUUCAUUCUGGACCAAUCAAAGUUCCUCAUCUCGCUCUUCAGGUGUCUGUCCAUUAUUUUUCCCUCCAAAAAGACUGAUCUUUGGAAAAAAAAAAGACUUUCCGCUCCCACCACCCACUCCUGAAAAUCUCCCAAAGCUUCCGUCAAAAAGCUUCCUCUUAGUCGAACCGUCCUCAAACUUUAAGUGCUACAACUUCUUUCAAGCAUGACUGAGAUUCACACAGACUGUAGUGAUUUGCACAUUUGUUUUAAGAAUAUGGCCAAUAUGAAGGAAGUUUUUGCACCAUUUCCUCCGUAGUUGCACAAUAAUUCCAGUGUCUCUUCCAGUAACACGUCUCCGUGGCAUGGUAGCCUCUCCAGUCCAGCACCUUUCUCCCAUGCAUCCUCCUCUGCUGAGCAAGCUCCUGCUUCCACUGAAGACAUUCUGCAAGCCAGAAGGAGAAAAAACCCAAAAAAGGCUGCUGACAGGACUGCACACCUCCCGCUGCCCUUCUUUUUCCCUUUAUCUUCAAACUGCGUUCUUGGAAACACAAGAGAGUGACACAUUUUACACGCCCGUCUGUGUUUGUGCUUUGUUCUCUCUGUCAUUCUGUGAAACGGCCUGUCAAAAAGUGUUAGAUGACGAGUAGUGAAGUAUCCAUAUCUCUCUAUGCUUUAUGCCGUGUCUAUAUUGUGAACUAGCCUUUGCAGGGCGAACGAUGGACCUGGAGGAACACAAGUUGUGAAAAAAACUGAACCUGGCUUAGUAUCAGGCAGAGGUCACUGGGAAAAUCAAAACAAUUCAAGGGAGAUGCUAACAGGAAGUCCCACGAUUGUCUCUAAAAGCACGGUGCUUGGAUUUAGGAUUUGAAAUUAAUUUGGCAACCCAAUGGGUGGGGGGGGGGCAGGAUGUCAGGAAGAAAAAAGGAGACGGGUCCCUGGGACCGAGGAAAUGUUUUGACUUGAGAUUCUUCACUUUAAUGAGGAGAGGAAAAGAAGAAAAGACGUUACAGAUGACAAAUGAGGAGACCCUUUUUUUCAUUUCCUCUCUCUCGCAUUGCUUUGUCUGCUUUUCCAUCUCAGUGCUUGAAACUAUUUUUAGAAAAGUUAUAUUCAAGAACCGUAGACGUGCUGUUAGCCGAAGCUCGUCAGGCUGUUACUUGUUACUCGUUACCAACCGAAUCCAGCGCCUUGCAAAAGUGUUUCAACUUUCUCAUGUCGCUUUAAAAGCUAAAGCUUCAGGGUUUAAUUUAAUGGAUUAACACAAAGUAGUGAAGAAAUGUGAAGUGGAAGGAGCACAAUCUUAACGAAUACAAACCUGAAAAGUGUGUAGUGUAUUUUCGCACCUGCAGACAGAAUUCUUGGUUUCUUCUUUGAAUAAUAGUUUUAAUGUCAUUCCAAUCAGAUGGAAAGCGACUCUGAGCAUCCAUUUUCAAAUCAUUCCCCAGACUAUUUUAUCAGUUGUGGGUUUUAAUUAGACCACUCUACUCUAAUGCAUAUUUAUGUUUGGAUCUAAAGCCUUUCACUGUCGCUCUUAUAGCUAAAAAAAAAAAAUUAGCUUUUUAAUCUUUGCUGUCAUCCCUACAUUGCCUGUUCCAAUUGCAUGAUUUUCAUAUAGGUCUGAUUUGUGGAGCUAACAACAAAUGUUAAUCUCAUAAACUGAUUUUUCCACAUGAGCUGUAGAUCUCUGCAGUUCCUCCAGAGUCAAUAUAUUCCUCUUGACUGCUGUCCUGAAUUAUACUCUAAUUUUAGGGGAUUACAUUAUUUUCUGUAAAAUGCUCAAACGGGUUUAUGCAGGACUCAUCGGAUAUGUUCCUUAGUCUUCAUGACGGUUCUUGUUGAGAAACCUCUCAGUCAGGCUUUUCAACAACAGUUCAGUUUAAUCUCCAAUUGUACAAUUAUGUAUAGAUUAUAUAAUCUGAGUUGGGCUCUCCUCAUUUUACUGAUGAGGAGCUUUCCAAAGGAUAAUUGCAUCACAUGAAAAUGCAUGGACUUUUCCAGACUUUUAUUUGCAAAAUAUGCUAAAGACUCUAUAAUAUUCUUCCACUUGACAAUUUAGUGCAACUUUGUUUUAGUCCAUAGCCAAAAAUCCAGAAAAAUUCCUCUGAAGUUUAAUACCAAAAGCAUAAAUUGAAAACUUUUGCAAGGCUGUGCAUCAUUUCAAUGUAAUGAGCCACUUAAACCUCAGCUAUAAAUGUUAACUAUGGCCACUCACUGUUGAUAUUAUAGGCAUUUAAUCUGCAUAUAGAAGCACACGUGUCUGUAAUGAAGCAAAACUGUUAACAUCUCUGCUACUAAAUGUGUCACAGUGUAAAUAAGACCUGUAGCCUCCAGUAUAAUGAGCCUUCAAUGUCAGCUACCAGUUUCUAUAUCAGAGGGAUAUUUAGCAAAAGCUUUUAUCCAUGCUGAUGUAGCAUGAGUUGGUUUUUCUUUAAAUCCUGGAUGGGAGCAUGUUGCUGUUGCAGUCUAAGGGAAGAAGCAGAGGUCACAGUUGGCCCCCGGGAGAUCCCGCUUUUUAAUGGGAUUUCAUUUGUCGCACAGGUCCCUGUGCGUCCGCCCAUUCAUUGUUGGGAAAGCAGCCGUGGCCUUCCGAGGCAAAGAGCUGC